AUCGGACCUGCGGCCAACCGGGACCCCGGAGAGGGCGGGGAAGCCAGGGCUGGAGCUGGGCUGGAACCGCCUGAAAGGCUUCCUUGCCUGGGGAUGGCGCCUGGCUAAAGAUAUUUGCCCAGGAGCUGCAGCUGGCAAAGAUGGGGUAGCGGGGGAUCAGUGAAGAGACACAAGAAGGGCCAGGAAGAAACUUCCCAGAAGUUUGGACCAGAUUUUCCCUGACCUAGGGCGUGGCUUCUCCCGGAACUCAUCCCCUGCAGUCACUAAGAUGCUUUGAGUUUUCUGUCUCUAACUGGGUGUAGAAUACCCAAGACCCCACCCCCCUCGUGAUGGUGAAAGGACAACUUGCACAAGUCUGGUCUCCUUCACUAAGCUGAUCCCGGGGAUAGAACUCAGAUUGUCAAGUUUGGCAGCAAGUGCCUUCUGCGCUGCCUUUCAUGGACGUUACAGUCGGAGCGCACACAUAGCUUCUUAGCUUCUCUAAGAAUACGGAAUGGGCACAAGGAAAAGAAGGGCUCGAACCACCGCUGAGAUAUAUCCUGCAUUUUCGUCCUCCCACUAGUGUGUCAGAUACCUGUUGCUCUAGGAACCGAAAACUUUGCUCUGUGUUUCCGCGGGACACUCUUGCGAUGUACACACCCGCAUCCCAACUUCGUUUCCCUUGGAUCAGCCAAUAGGAAUCAAAAUCUAUAGAUAAAGGGCGGGACCUCCUAUAGGCGAUCCAAUGGUAGUUGAGAGUCGUACCGCUAAGUCACAUCGCAAAGGGGCAGGACUUUCUUCCAGAACUUGAAGCCCUGCAGGAGUGUCGGCCAAGGUGCUUGCAAAAUUAGAAAUCCAUGUGGCGUGGGCUGAGCGCCCUGGUGACCCAUUCGGCGUUGGCGCCCCUAAGGCUGUGCGCACGCUGCAGUACCAGUGCAGAGUCCUUAGUCCCCAGCAGCACCAUCUUCGCACUCAGCUCCGGCCAGGGACGCUGCGCCAUCGCAGUGAUCCGCACCAGCGGUCCAGCUAGCGCGCUCGCGCUCCGCAGCCUCACAGCGCUCCAGGAGCCGCCUCCUGCCCGCAGAGCCUGCCUGCGCCUUCUCCGCCACCCGUGCUCCGGGGAGCCACUGGACCGCUCACUCGUCCUCUGGUUCCCAGGACCCCAGAGUUUCACGGGUGAGGAUUGCGUGGAGUUUCACGUACACGGAGGUCCUGCGGUGGUCAGCGGUGUCUUGCAGGCAUUGGGUAGUGUGCCAGGACUGCGGCCAGCCGAGGCCGGAGAGUUCACCAGGAGGGCAUUUGCCCAUGGCAAGCUGAGCCUGACUGAAGUGGAGGGACUGGCAGAUCUUAUCCGUGCAGAAACCGAGGCCCAGCGUCGACAGGCUCUGAGGCAGCUGGAUGGGGAACUGAGCCAGCUGUGCCAGGGCUGGGCAAAGACUCUCACCAAGGCUCUGGCCCAUGUGGAAGCCUACAUUGACUUCGGAGAGGAUGAUAAUUUGGAAGAGGGUGUGUUGGAGCAGGCGGACAAAGAAGUUCGAGCCCUGGAGGUGGCACUGGGUUCCCACCUGCGAGAUGCUAGGCGUGGACAAAGGCUCCUCUCGGGGGCAAAUGUUGUGGUCACUGGACCUCCCAAUGCGGGCAAGAGCAGUCUGGUGAAUCUACUCAGCCAGAAGCCAGUGUCCAUCGUGUCCCCAGAGCCUGGGACCACCCGUGACGUGCUGGAGACUCCCGUGGACUUGGCUGGGUUCCCUGUCUUGCUGAGCGACACUGCAGGACUUCGGGAAGGCGUGGGCGCUGUUGAGCAGGAGGGUGUGCGCAGGGCCCGCCACAGGCUGGAGCAGGCUGACAUCAUUCUGGGGGUGCUGGACGCCUCCGACCUGGCCUCCUCAUCCAGCUGCAGCUUCCUGGACACUGUGGUGACCCCACUGCUAGCACAAAGCCAAGACAGCGGUGGGCAGCGUCUCCUGCUGCUGCUCAACAAAUCUGAUCUGCUGUCUGCUAAUGCCCCAGCCUGCGACAUAGCCCUGCCUCCUCACCUGCUCCUGUCCUGCCACACGGGAGCCGGGAUGGACGGCCUCCUGCAGGCCCUGAAGACAGAGCUGGCUGCAGUGUGUGGGGACCCAUCCACAGGACCACCGCUCUUGACCCGGGUCAGGCACCAGUACCACCUCCAGGGCUGCCUGGAUGCCCUGGGCCACUACCAGCUGGCCACAGACCUGGCUCUGGCGGCCGAGGCCCUGCGCCAGGCUCGGAGACAACUAAACCACCUCACAGGUGGAGGGGGAACGGAGGAGAUCCUGGAUCUCAUCUUCCGGGACUUCUGUGUAGGCAAGUGAGGUCCAGAGCCUGGGACUCAGCCUCAGAGUUCCCACAAGGGCAUGAUCCAAGAUGGCAAACCUAGCAGAGGGCAGGAAAGCACUGGGGGUCUGCAGCCCUCCACAAUGAGGAGAGAGACAUGGAUCAGGGAUCUGACAGGGAUACUUCCUCAUCCCCGAUGUUGGGAUUAAGCAUCACCUUGCCAAGUGCCUGUAUGAUGUAAUGCUGAAUGUGAAACCUGUGCAUGUUAUAUGCUGAGCCACGACAGUGUAGCCCUGUGUAGCCCUGGCUGUCCUGGAACUCACUCUGUAGACCAGGCUGGCCUCGAACCCAGAAAUCCGCCUGCCUUUGCCUCCCAAGUGCUGGGAUUAAAGGCAUUUCAUUUUUAAUUACCAAAGGAGAAUGAAGAGUUCAGGAAAUCCAGAAGCGUGUGUCCACAAGGAUCAGUCAGCCUUACCUUCUAGAACUUUGCUGACGUGUUUCUAUUUAUGGCAUCGAUUGCUAAUUAAAUACAUUUUUUUAUUUUUA